AUGGAGCACCAAGCGUGCCCCCCCCAGCCAACAGCGAUAGAAGAGGACGAGAUGGACAUGCUCCAGUCCUUCUCGAAGCAUGGAUCUUCUGGAGACCCCUACGCCUACGACAUGGACCUCGAAGGCCUCGACGCCGUCGCGCUGGACGCGCUGCGGUCCGAUUCGGGCUCGCCCGAUAGUGAUAGGAAGAACCAGGCGACGUCGUCCCAGAAGAGCGAGAGCCCGCCGCGCGACGCGCCCGAUUCCCCUCAAAGGGAUGAGGCGAUGCCGGCCGCGACCGUGACGAUGGACACUAGUAGGGGAAGACCACAAACCCGAGAGCGCUACCCCGACGACCGGACGGGCGGUUCCUACUUCCGGCGGGACCAGCUCGAGAAAAAAGCGCCGACGCCCAAACGACCACCGGCCUACGAGCUGCGACCUCGAAGGCAGUCCACGAGAAUCCAAAAGAACAUGUCGACGUCGGAAUCGGAAUCGGGAAGCGGCCGACCACCCUCCGACAAGGAGCGGAAGCUGUCCGCCGCGGACCAACGGCGGUUGGAGCGGAACGCGAGGGAGCAGCGGCGCUCGGUGAAGAUUGUGCACCAGAUCGAGGAGCUCGCCGACAUGUUGGAAGCGGCGGGCGCCGGGGCGUCGAAGCAGUGCAAGUCGUCCGUGCUCCAAGCCGUCGGGGAAUAUAUUCACUCCUUGGAAUCGAAGAACGCGCACCUCGAGCGGGAGCAAUGCGGCCUAGUUUCCAAAAUUGUGAGCAUAGCAGCUCUCGCGAGGCGGAAACACGACCGGACCGAGUCGACGACGCGUUUGGACUACGAGCAGUUGUUCCUCCAGUCGUCGAUGCCGAUGGCCGUCGCAGCUUUAGAUGGGAAAUUUACCGCCAGCAAUGAUCGGUUCGCUCAUGUUUUAGGAUUGAGGGAGGCUUCCGCCGUCGUCGGGCGGUCAGUCUUCGACCUGGCUUCUCCACAACAUUUGCAGCACGUCUUUUCGUGCAUCGGGAGUCUGCUGCGGAGUUCGGAACCGGUCCCGCGCGGCGAGGUCCACGGCGCGCUCGCGGAUACGGCUCGAGUCAUCGCGAUCACAUUGCUGCGGCCGGCGUGCUUUGCGGUGGCGCUGAUCGAGCCGGUCGGCGUCGACCAGCCGCGGCGCGUGGUUGGUUAAUGAUUGACUGCCAUUUUGUUGUAGAG